AUGGCGCGAACCAGGUCGAAGAUGCGCCAGGGCCGGGCACUAGCAGUCGAUUCCCUAUUCUGGAAUCGUGAAGUCUCUCGCGAGAGACGGGUAGCGUACACAGUAGUCGAUGAGACCAAGUGGGCCAAUACAAUUGCUCCGUUGCCGGAGCAGCUGCCCGACCGCGAUGGCACGCAUGUGGAGUGCUGGCACACCCAACUCCAUAUCGAGUGUCUUGUCGCGGCCAAGCCGAUCCAGACGACCGAAACCCCAAAUGCCGUCCCGCCGCAGACGCAAAUGGGGCUGCCCCUCGCGGUCGAGUCUCGCCUUUCUGCGGCUGCGAGUUGUCGCCGCCAAAAGCCGAACGAAGCUCGCAGCAAAGUAGGACGACGGUCGGUGUUCACCUCGUUCCCUCCGAGUUUCGGUGCUCAGGGCCCGGAGAUGCUUCUUAUCUUUCGGCCGAAACGCGGCGCCGACACCACUUUGCCUGCCCCUCCAUUGUUCCAGCAAGCGGCAAUUCGUGCUAAAUCCACAUCGCCAGUUGACGCUACGCAUUGCUUCUCCCGAUCCAGUAGACUGAUCCCGCGCCUUGCUAGUCCUCAGCUUACAGGAGCAUUAGAAGGUGCACAUGUCCUGUUCUUGGGCUGGAAUGGAAAUUCUUGCCUCUCCCACACCUCAUCCUUCGGUCUUGUCUUCGUUUGUGUGGCGUUUCGUAUCUUCCUCGAGUCGAAUGGCACUCACUCGCAAAGUGGCCAAUCGCUUCACAAUGUCCAUUGUGGACACAUGGUUCGGGCAUUCUCUCGUGCCAGCCAUUCACAAUCUGCACCGAUCUUCAUGAAGAGCUCAUCACUAAGCGUCCUCAGCAUGCUCCGUGUCUGUUAAUUUUUCAAGAAUGACUGACCCCUUUCAUGCGCCUGAACUGCGCAAAAUCGACCACAUGGCCUCUACUCUGCACUCUAGGCCACCUGUUUUCCGCCGACUCCAAAACCGAAACACCAUCAUCUCUAUAUAAUGCAACAACCUGAAGAGCAUUUCUAAACGAUCCUUGCGUAAUGGUAAAAGAGUCUGGUACGAUUAAUGGAACAAA